CUGAGAGCUGUCAGAAGGGCUUGUUGCACGUAAAGCUUUAGCUUAAAGUAUCAUAAAGGGAAAAUAAAGCAGCAAUUUGUGUUUUCCUCUGAAACUUUAUGACCUCUCUUGCCCCACCCGAUGAGAAUGCUCUUUUUUUCCUUUAAAAAAAGCCUUAAUCCAGUUCAUAUUCGCGGCCGUAUGUUUGCUUGAAGUCUUGUUUCGAGCAGUUUGCGUGGCCCCGACCAUCAGUUUUGCGGCUUGAGCGACUGAGCAGCGAGUCUUGGUGAUGUUAAGAUCUCUGACAGAAAGUGCCUUUUCAAACAACAUCCCUACUUGAAGCUGCUUGGACUGUCUGUGUGUCUCUUUAAUGCCUGCUCUCCCUCAUUAAGACGGUCCCCCACGCACGAGCUGUGACAGAAGAUACCUCAACUGCAACAAUUUGCCCUGCAUUUCAUUUCAGCCUGGCUCCAGCAUUUCAAAAGAAGUGGAAAGAUUUACUGCGAGGAGGAAGAGGCUGCCAAAGCACAAAGAGCUGACUUCGUUUCAAAAUUUAAUCAAUACCAGCAAGCAGUCUGCACACAAUUAAUAUUCUAUCAAGGAGUGCCAUUGCAUUGAAAUAACUUUAUUUAGAGCGUUUGUGUCAGCGGAACAAUCAAGAAACUCGGACAGGCUUGUCAACUCAGCGUGCCACUGAGCAUGUACCUUUUUGCUGCCAGAAGCUUACAAUUGGGACAAACUGAUUGAUGAGUGACUGCUUGCUGAUAAAUCGUCUGUUCCCCAUGCUGCGGCUGUGUGGGUGUAUCAGUCUACCGUCUGUGUUUGGGGACCUUAGGAAAAACCUUGGCCAAAAGUUAUAUUGAACUUUCUUUUGCUCUUAGCUUCGACAGUGUUUUGUAAGUAGACUUUUCAUCUAAUUUAUUGCUUUUUUUUAAAGCAAAACACAGUUUUCACCCGUCAAUCCUCUGUUUCAGUUUUAAGAGUUUGGUAUGGCUUUAAACAUUACUUCAAUACGAGAUACAAAAUGGCUGACACUGGAAGUGUGCCGACAGUUUCAGAGGGGAACUUGCUCACGUCCUGAUGAGGAAUGCAAAUUUGCACACCCACCCAAGAGCUGCCAGGUGGAAAAUGGAAGAGUUAUUGCCUGUUUUGACUCACUAAAGGGCCGAUGUACAAGAGAAAACUGCAAAUACCUUCAUCCACCAGCACAUUUAAAAACCCAGCUAGAAAUAAACGGACGAAACAACCUCAUCCAGCAGAAGACCGCCGCUGCAAUGUUGGCUCAGCAGAUGCAGUUCAUGAUACCAGGCACAGCCAUGCAGCCAGUUCCCACAUUUCCCGUAACCCAAGGUUUAGGAACAAACCCUGGUAUUAGCUACGCUCCUUAUCUCACCCCUGUGACACCAGGCGUGGGCUUAGUUCCUACAGAAAUGCUGCCCAGUACACCGGUCAUUGUUCCAGGAAGCCCACCUGUCACAGUGCAAGGCUCUGCCUCCACUCAGAAACUACUGAGGACAGACAAGCUAGAGGUCUGCCGGGAGUUUCAGCGUGGAAACUGUGCGAGAGGGGAGACCGACUGUCGCUUCGCUCACCCCAGCGACAGCGCCAUGAUUGACACCAGUGACAAUACCGUAACGGUGUGCAUGGAUUACAUCAAGAGCCGCUGCUCAAGAGAGAAGUGCAAAUACUUCCACCCUCCUGCACACCUACAGGCCAAAAUCAAAGCUGCGCAGCACCAAGCCAACCAGGCUGCAGUGGCAGCACAGGCAGCAGCGGCAGCCAUGACUCAGUCGACUGCCAAAGCAAUGAAGCGACCCCUCGAGGCAACUGUAGAUCUGGCUUUCCCACCUGGAGUCCUGCAGCCCCUACCAAAGAGACCAGCACUUGAAAAAAGCAAUGGUACCAGCACAGUCUUUAACCCCAGUGUUUUGCACUACCAACAGGCUCUUGCCAAUGCACAGUUACAGCAGCCUACAGCAUUCAUUCCCACAGGGUCAGUGUUGUGCAUGACUCCUGCUACCAGCAUUGGCAGAAUCUUACUGUAGCAAAAACAUAUAAAUCACCAGACUAAAAUUCCAAGCAGAUCAGUUGUUUAAUAUUAGGUAAUUUGCCUUUUGUUGUGCACUGUGUACUAGGAAAUUUUAUCAGUUUCCCAGAGGAUUGUCGGAGUAUCACUGAAAACACGUCACAGUUUCUGAUAAUUGAAGCAUCAGCAACUUUAAAAUGAAUAUCAACAGCUUUUGAACAUCCUUUUUUUAUUAUUCUAAUAUUUGCAGUUAUUGAAAUGCUAUAAAACAUACGUUCCUAAAAAUUGACUAUGACUGAUAUUUCUAAAUAUUUGCAAGCUAUUUAUAACUUCUCUGGGAAUCACUGAUUAUAUUGAUAAAUUUCCUUAAUUGUGAUUGUAAUCAGCUUUCUUCCUCUUUUUUUUAUUUUUCUCCCAUGCUUUCUUGCUUUGCAUUGUGAUUGCAUGCCAUCUGCUGGUCUAACCUAACGAUGGCUUGCCGCUAUAUAAUAUUCACCAUGCAAAAAACAAAAUACCACACCUGUUGCCAUGGUUACCAUAAUGCUACACCUACCUUGUCAUUGCUUCCAUGGUUCCCUUCCUGAAAAAGUACCCAUGAUGUACAGUGCUACGCCUGCUACUGUCUCUGCAGCAACAACUCCUGCCACAAGUGUCCCCUUCGCAGCAACAGCACCAGCC